AUGUCCCUUCCUGUGAUACCCUUCCCUCCCUUUGAGCUUUCUCUAUCGAUCAAGGCAACAUCUACCUUCAAUAUGGCAAAAGAGUAUCUUUGUGACUGCCAAAGACACUGCAAGGGUGUUCUCACAAAGGUUUUUUGGGGCGCUUUUCACUGGCACGAGAAGUUUUGCAAAUCCGAGGGAACUGCCACUGUGAGAGCUACGAGAAGAAGCUGGCAUUACACCGAAAGCUCGACCACCCCUAUCUCCCCAGAUACACCAGACGGCCAACAGCAUGAGCAGCUUCAGCCAGAAAAGGAUUCUCUAGCUUCGGGUGGUCUCUUCCAGACUACUCCGGACAAAAUCAAUGAUGAUUUUGGCUACUUUUUGCCGAGUGAGCGCACCACACCCACCCCCGAACCAGCCACACCCAGCACUGUGCCAUCUGCAACAACAGGUUCCGGGCACUAUCAUACGACCAUAGACGAGGAAGAUGAUGAAACCGAUGAAGGGCACUGUGUGUAA